AUGAAGGACAACUAUUCGAUUGAGGAGCACUACUGUGAAUCACUCUUCAAGUCCACGACGACCCGCACCGCUGAGGGUCGUUACAUGGUUCGACUGCCACGAAAACCUGAAUUCGAAGCCAUGAUGGGAGAGUCCCAGAUCAACGCCUAUCGUCGAUACGAAAUGCUGGAGCGGAGAUUUGAGAGGAGCCCAACACUCAAGGAGGAUUACCACAAAUUCUUGAAGGAGUACCUGUCCCUCGGCCAUAUGCGGUUGGUCGAGUCCGACAACGAAGGCAAUUCUACAGUAUACUAUUUGCCCCACCAUUCCGUGUUGAAGGAGUCGAGCACAACAACGAAGCUCCGAGUAGUGUUCGACGGCUCGGCUAAAACCUCGACUGGCCACUCGCUCAAUGAGGCGCUCUGUCUAGCUAUAGAUGAAGGCGAUGCAUUUCCUCUCGCCGGACCAGCGUUACGAAAAAGCUUCUACGUAGAUGAUUUCAUCCGUGGUGCCAAUUCCAUAAAAGAAGCGAUCAGUCUCCGUGAGCAAUUAGAAGAUUUGAUGCAACGGGGUGGAUUCGACUUGCGUAAGUGGACGUCCAGUCGUUUCGAAGUUCUGCAGGGAUUGGACAAAGAGCACAUCGGCACCCAGUCAACGCUUUGCUUUACCCCCAACGAGUCCAUUAAGGCACUAGGAAUCGUCUGGGAGCCCGAAAAUGAUGCCUUUCGAUUUGAUUCAGCGAUCCAGCCACGUGACGCUCCACCUACGAAAAGAUCGAUACUAUCGGAUAUCGCCAAGCUGUUUGACCCUCUAGGACUGAUAGUUCCUGUAGUCGUACGUGCAAAAAUCCUUAUGCAGGAGUUGUGGUUGCUUUCUUCGGAUUGGGACGAACCAGUUCCCGAUUCCAUUCGCAUCAGAUGGGAGAGUAUUUGCAAUGAGUAUCCCCUCAUCUCAUCCUUCCGAGCUGAACGCUACGCUUUUCUUCCAAAAUCCCGAGUAGAGCUUCACACCUUCGCGGAUGCAUCGGAAUCGGCGUCGGAAUCGGAAUCGGAAUCGGAAUCGGCGUCGAAAUCCGUAGUAUCACCUCUCAAGCGUCUAACCAUCCCUCGCCUGGAGUUGUGCGUCUCUGUCCUUGCAGCGCUCUUAUAUCACCUUAUCAGACAAGCCAUCGACAUUCCCAUUUCUGCAGCGUUCUUCUGGUUCGUUUCUGCUGUCACGCUGCAGUGGCUUCGCUCUCCACCCAACGUUUGGAAAACUAUUGUCGCCAACCGUGUGUCUGAGGUGCAGCAUUUCACGCAUGGAUGCCAGUGGAACCAUAUUUCCGGGGUGGAGAAUCCUGCUGACCUAGUGUCCCGAGGUCUUUCCGUUGGAGAAUUUCUGCGCAGCGAUUUGUGGAAGCGUGGGCCAUCAUGGUUAUCCGAACAGUCGAGUUCCUGGCCAAUAUCAAGACCACCAAACGUUCCUGAAGAAGCACUUGAGGCAAAGCAACUCGUCGCAAUCGUUCAUACAACCCCAGAGCCCAGUCCGUUAUUCGUCCGCUGGAGUACCUACCGUCGCUUGCUGGACGUGACUGCCUACUGUUUGCGCUUCAUCGACAAUGCACGUAUCAAUGCCAGAACCCAACAUAUUCCCACCACUGAGCCAAGCCAAGAAGCAAACACCGUCGAGCAUCUAGCACGAGCCAAAUCGUUGCUAAUCGGCCUUGCCCAGAGAGAUGCGUUUCGGGAUGAAAUCAAAGCCAUUAAAGACAGGAAUGUUUUACCCAAACCUCAUGCAUUCGCCGAAUGA